UUCCGCAGUGUGGAUUCCACGCCAGUUUGGAGGGGUCGGAUAUGGCGGGGCGACUCCCUUCACACCCUGCCAGGGCGACAGUCAAAUCAGCAGCGCGCAGUCGGCCACGGACAGGAGACCAGUACGGACAUCCACUGCCCAGCCAGCAUCACCACAGCUCUGCAAAUCGACCUGGGACCUGACCUCAGACAGAUCCGACACGACGACAUGAGGCCGACGACCGCCGUCCUUCUGUCGAUGGCCUUCGCAGUGCAGCUGCGCGGAUGUCUGGGAGCAGCAGCCGGUCCCAUCGAGAUCGGCAACAACCCGUUCAACAUCUCCAGCGACAUGCUGGUCAACAUCACGACGCCGGAGGAUGUGGAGGUGUUCUUAAACUCCACCGUCGACGGAGGAGCCAAAUCGCAGCAGCUUUUCUUUAACUUCUGGAGGAACUUCCUCAGGAAUUUCCUCAGGCCGGGCUUCAGAGGUCCGGCCCCGGCCCCGGCCCCGACACCGGCUCCGUCCACUCCCACCACGGGCCCGACCACCCCCACCACGCCAGCUCCCACCACCACUACGCCUCCCACCACGCCCGUUACAGUGCCCUAAACAGCCGGCUGUGGUUCUGGGAUCGAUGGCCUGAUGCGGGAGUAGGUUCCACCAAUAAACUGGGGGAAGACAGCGCAGUUUCGGUGGAACAAAUCCACGGUGAGCUGGUGUUUCGCGGAUCUUUAAAUGUCGCUUUCUCCAGUGGCACAAUGCUUUUACUAUUGCUUUUACAUGAACCCCAGUGUUAUCAAUGCGUGAUGAUUACCAUGAAAAGUUAAUACACUAUAACCUGAU